CCUACCGUAUUAUAUUUUUGCAUAAUACAAAGUUUGCUAUUUGCAGAUUACUAAGACGUAGCAUAUAUAUAUAUAUAUAUAUAGCUAGUUUAGAUCAUGGGAGAUUCUUCUUCUUCUUCUGCUUCAUACAUUCAUAUGGUGCAGCACCUGAUCGAGAAGUGCUUGAUUUUUCACUUGACAAAGGAAGAAUGCAUGGAAGCACUCUCUAAACAUGCAAAUAUUAAUCCUAUUAUAACAUCCACUGUGUGGAAUGAGCUAGAGAAGGAAAACAAAGAAUUUUUUGAGCCUUACAAGAAGUCGAAGAGUAAAGAGGACAAAAUAAUGUCGGAAGCAGAGACAACUCAGAUGCUACAGAAGUUGAUAUCAGAGUCAGAUUCCUCUAAAGAUGCAGAAGACGACUAAUUCAUCUAUUAUUGAAAACGAUAUGACCUUUGGGUCCCACGAAACCAACCAAAACCACAAAGGCUCUCCUUAGCUACUCUACUAUCUCUGUAUAGUCUCUGUACUAGUAUCGUACGUGGUGUUGGUCCUCUAUAUGGAAGGUUGUUAAUUAUUAUGGUAACUAUUUUAUGGAAUUAAAGCACCCCAUGAAUCUUAGCUUUUGUAAAAUGCUAUUGCUAGGUUAUCCACAACUUCGCAAAUAAAA